ACUCUUUCGCCUCGGUGCCUCUCAUCGGUCAGAAAGUAGAUCCUCUAAUCUGCGGAUGGCGCUGCGGCGCAGGACUCUGAGUAUAUUGACCGAGUCGACCUUUCCCAAUUAGUACCCACCCAUAGACACAUCGCGUCCACUGCUAUAUAGUCGCGUCUUGAGAGUACCUACUUUGCAUAUUCAAGUUUAUUCACUUAUCACCUGGUGCUCUAAACCUAUUCAAUACACGCCUAAACCUACUCACACUUUCACCUCAACCUUUAAUUCUAUCCACCCACACAAGCUUCGACAUGGCGCCUCACGCAGAUGAAGCCUCGACAACUCACUCCGCCUUCGACGCGGCGAUGGAAAAGAAAGGCGAAGACGAAUACACCCGCCUGCGGAAACAACACGAUCUCUUCAAGAUCGCCGUGGAUGGUAACUUCAUCCAAGUGCCCCUCCCCACCGACAGGCCCAUCAAGAUCAUCGACUCGGCCACCAACGACGGCACCUGGCUGGUGGAAGUCGGGAAGCAGUACCCCAACGCGACUCUAGUCGGCGCCGACAACAAUCCAGCCCACUUCACCCAGAUCAAGAACCUGCCCUCUAGCUUGAGCUUCAAGACACAGUCGAUUUUUGAGGCGUGGCCCGCCGAGGACAAGGAGGCGUAUGAUCUUGUGCAUCAGCGAUGUAUCCUUGCGCUAUUCAGUCCAGCGCAGGGACAGCAGGCGAUUGAGGGCCUAUACUCGCUGGUGAAGCCGGGCGGGUACAUCCAGAUCAUUGAGGGUGAUCUACUAUCAUUUGAUGGAGGCGCGGAUAAGCCCGGCAUGGCGGCCCUCAUGGACUUCUGCGAGAAAGCCUUCCCGAAGGCGGGGAUGAACAAUACCGCGGGUAGGUAUCUAAAAGAUUGGCUGGAGACCGCGGGCGCGACGGAUGUGCAGAGUAAGAUCAUCUCGUAUGAGAUGGGCGCGGCGGCCAAGACGAAGGAUAUGAAGGAGGCGACGACGGAUCAUAUCAUGGAUAUGAUUGGGAACAUUGAGAAGGUUGCUGCGAUGAUUCCAAAUUACUGGUUCACUCCAGAAGACUUUGGCAAGUUGAAGGCGGUGGUUUACGACGAUAUGCAAAAGGUCGGCAACACGUGGCGGUACCACUUGGCGACGGGGAAGAAGCCCGCAUGAGCACUAUUAUGCUGUCCCCGAGGGGAUUCUGGAGGCGUUCAGUGAUUAGGAGUUCUGUUUUUAUGGCGUCCAGUUGAUUGAAGGUUGAUAAUGAUGAGCACCUCGCCUAGAAUGCCACUGCGGUUGCGGCGUAGGCGGCUAUUGACCCCCAACCUUGUAUAUGCAGAUAGCAAAAACGCUCUUCUUAGAUGCAUUUACUAG